AGGUGUUACCAACUCGACACAGCAGUUAGCUUUGGUUAAUAGUAUCUUCCAUGUCUGUCACGUGAGGGGAGAAUAAGGACAUCAACUUUCCACGACAAGUCCUAAACCUGUGAAUCCUAUUCGAUUCAUUGAUGAAUUAAUGUUUUGAUCUUCAUGUUCCCUACCUCUACCCUUUUCGAAAGUUUAAACCUUUCAACCUCUCUCUUAACUUCCCGUCCUUCCGGUUCCCCCAUAGCUUCGUUGCUUCUCAAUAACAUGACGGAUAAUGAAGAACCGAUUAUCACAGUUGGAACAACUUCUGAAUUAGCAUAUAACAAAUAUAAGCGAUGGCAAUGGUGGUUUCUGGUGGCACUUAGCAUAACCUUUCUUAUUGUUGGACAAUCCGCUGCAGUUAUCCUUGGGAGAUUUUAUUAUGAUCAGGGUGGAAAUAGUAAAUGGAUGGCUACUUUAGUUCAAACUGCUGCCUUCCCAAUCUUGUUCAUUCCAUAUUUUACAAUUCCUUCAUCUCCAGAGGCUUCAACUUCUGCUUCGCCUUCCUUCAAAAUUCUCGCUUUGGUGUAUUUUGUUUUGGGAUUCAUAAUUGCCGGUGACAACAUGAUGUACUCCACUGGACUCUUGUACCUCUCUGCUUCAACAUAUUCGCUGAUUUGCGCAUCUCAGUUAGCUUUUAAUGCUGUUUUCUCAUAUUUUAUCAAUUCUCAAAAGUUCACCGUUUUGAUUAUAAACUCUGCUGUGGUUCUCACUUUUUCUGCUUCACUCCUUGCUGUUAAUGAAGAAUCGGAUGGACCAGCUGGUGUUUCCAAGGGAAAAUACAUUGUUGGUUUUCUUUGUACCCUUGGAGCUUCGGCACUUUACUCUCUUUUGCUUUCCCUCAUGCAACUGUCCUUUGAGAAGGUUCUGAAAAAGGAAACAUUUUCUGUUGUUUUGGAAAUGCAAAUCUAUACUUCGCUUGUUGCCGCUUGUGCUUCCACCAUAGGCCUAUUUGCAAGUGGGGAGUGGACUAGUUUGCAUGGAGAAAUGCUGGGUUUUCAGAAAGGAGGAGUUGCUUAUAUAAUGACUUUGGUUUGGACAGCUAUAGCGUGGCAGGUUUGCUCGGUUGGUGUUGUUGGCUUGAUUUUCCUAGUGUCUUCUCUAUACUCUAAUGUUAUAAGCACUGUCUCUUUGGCUAUAACUCCCAUUGCUUCUGUUAUAGUUUUUCAUGAUAAGAUGAAUGGGGUGAAGAUAAUUUCUAUGCUUUUGGCUCUAUGGGGUUUUGCCUCAUAUAUCUAUCAGAAUUAUCUUGAUGAUUUGAAGGUAAGACAUGCGCAAGCUGCUGCUUCUAAGUCUCAAAAUGAUUCUUCAUGUUGAGAAUAUUCAAUUUGACCACAUCAAAUAAAUACUUUUCUUCAAGUACCCUUUUCUUUUUAGCUUGAAAUCCUUAAGUACAGGUUUUGCUAGCUUUAGAUUAUACUUAUACUCUAGUCUCACAUAACUAGUGAGCUAGAAUGGUUGAGAUUCUUGGGCAUUGUAGAUUAUUGUACUCUCAUCUCCUAAAUGAAAAGAUUUUUGGUGUCUUAGACUGU